CUCAUUUCUCCUAGCAUUUGUACGUGCUCCCUUCUCACAGAGUUACCAUGUAAAACAGAAGAGCGAGGAGCGAUCGAGGUCUUAGGUUAUAAUUACAGAAAUGAGACGGACACAGUACCUGCCUGCACACAUUGCCAACGAAGAACGACUUGCGUUAAGGUGUUCGGUUCAACGGGUAGCAGAUCUUCCAAAAUGAGAUUUAAAGUGGGAUUUAUCUGCCGUGGUUUACUUCUCAUCGUCACGUUGCUUGUAUUAGUCGUGUUGUGGUCUUCGUUAACCAAACUGAGCGCCGAGAAUCACCCUGGAGCACGGGAUGAUGGAUUGCUGCCCAAAGGAGACGGAGCAAACCAAUUUAAGCCUGUUGUACCCUGGCCACAUGUGGAAGGGAUUGAAGUCGACCUCAACUCAUUCCGAUUGAAGCAUGGAGGGGUCAACCGUGUGCAAAACCCCAACCAGCAGGCUAAUCAGAAGAAGGUCAUCCAGCAACAGUAUGCAACAUUCAGACCCAACUUACACAAUUACAAUGCCCCCAUCCUCAAGAGAGGUGUUCUUGGAAACUUUGAAUCUAAAGAACCUGAGCCUCCAGGGGUCCCAGCUGGCCCAGGAGAAGGAGCCAAGCCAUUUGUUCUGGGCCCAGAAUACAAAGAAACCAUCCAAGCAUCCAUCAAAGAGUUUGGCUUUAACAUGGUUGCUAGUGACAUGAUAUCGCUAGACAGGACCAUUAGCGAUAUACGCCAUGAAGAGUGCAAGUACUGGCAUUAUGAUGACAGACUGCUGACCUCCAGUGUGGUGAUAGUCUUCCAUAAUGAAGGCUGGUCUACCUUAAUGAGAACCAUCCACAGUGUCAUCAAGAGAACUCCCAGGAAAUACUUGGCUGAGAUUGUCAUGAUAGAUGACUUUAGCAACAAAGUCCAUUUGAAGGAACGCUUGGAGGUGUACAUCAAGCAGUGGAAUGGUCUUGUGAAACUCUUCAGAAAUGAGAAGAGAGAGGGUCUCAUCCAGGCACGAAGUAUUGGAGCCAAGAAGGCCACAAAGGGACAGGUGCUAAUAUACUUGGAUGCUCACUGUGAGGUUGGGAUCAACUGGUAUGCUCCACUGGUAGCUCCGAUUUCAGAAGACAGGAUGGUAUGUACUGUACCACUCAUAGACUAUAUAGAUGGUAAUGAGUAUAGUGUGGAGCCCCAACAAGGUGGAGAUGAGGACGGCUUGGCUCGAGGAGCUUGGGACUGGAGCCUUCUCUGGAAGAGAGUACCACUAAACCAGAGAGAGAAGGCACAAAGAAAACAUACGACUGAACCCUAUAGGUCUCCAGCCAUGGCAGGGGGUCUCUUUGCUAUAGAGCGUGACUACUUCUUUGAACUGGGCCUAUAUGAUCCUGGAUUGCAGAUAUGGGGAGGAGAAAAUUUUGAAAUAUCAUACAAGAUAUGGCAGUGUGGUGGCCAACUGCUCUUUGUCCCAUGCUCUCGUGUUGGCCAUAUAUACAGACUUCAGGGAUGGCAAGGCAAUCCUCCCCCUGCACAUGUUGGUUCCUCACCUACGCUGAAGAAUUAUGUACGUGUGGUGGAGGUAUGGUGGGAUGAAUACAAGGACUACUUCUACGCCAGUCGUCCUGAAACACUAACCCUUGCCUAUGGAGACAUAAGCGAACUGAAACACUUCAGGCAAGAACAUCGGUGCAGGAGCUUCAAAUGGUUCAUGGAGGAAAUUGCUUAUGACAUUCCGUUACACUAUCCCCUACCUCCCAAAAAUGUUGAAUGGGGAGAGAUUCGGGGCUUUGAGACAAGUUACUGUAUUGACAGCAUGGGACACACAAAUGGAGGGAAUGUGGAAACUGGACCAUGCCACAGAAUGGGUGGCAAUCAGUUGUUCCGUGUCAAUGAAGCCAACCAGCUGAUGCAGUAUGAUCAAUGCCUGACCAGAGGAAGGGAUAAUUCAUCUGUCAUCAUCACACAUUGUGACCAGAACCAGUACAUUGAAUGGAGAUAUUUCAAGUGUCUUUUUCCACUAUGCUUUCAGGAUCUCCAUCGCUUCACCCAUGUACCAACAGGCAAAUGCUUAGAUCGCUCAGACAUCCUCCACAAAGUGUUCGUAUCAGACUGUGACACCAGUAAAACCACUCAAAGGUGGGAGAUGAACAACAUCAUGGCUGUAUAAAGACUGCUGAACUCCUAUACAAAGGAAAUCAUUUGGACUAUGGUGAAGCAAAUGGAUCUGGACCAAUUAUAACAUGCAUUCAUGUAUGCUAUAAAUAACUGGGUUGAUGGCGGGUCCUUUUUGAUCUGAGCCAUUCACUUGUCAGAAUAUGGUAACCAUCUUACCCGCAAUACACAUGAAUUAACUUUGAGGAAUUGAUAAAAGUUAGUGGCCCAAAAAAUUGGCAUAUGCCAGCCUCUAACACUGUCCUAACGCUGUCUCUACUUUAUGGCUGUGGUCACCAACCUUUUUCCCGCCACAGACAUGGAAGUACAGUUAUUUCGACGACAGGCAACCAUCCAUGUACGGUGUGUGUGUGUGUGUGUGUGUGUGUGUGGUGUGGUGUGGUGGGGAGGUCUGGGGUGGGGGGUUGGUGACGUAGAUUCCAGAAGUUGAUCGACUUCUGUGUGGCUCGGUACCACAUGGCCCGUGGUUGGGCUCUACUGCUAUAUGAUAUCAUGUUUCUCACAGAAAAGAUCUAAAAGGUUUUUUUUUUUUUAAUUCAAUAUCACAGCAUUGGGUGGGGUGGGUGGAAUUUCUGUGGGGAAUCACUGAUCGUACCAUUCUGUUUUAUGCACACUCCAUUUAGAAAAUCCUGAAUGAGUGCUAUUUAGUUCAAAGAAAAGUAAUAGGUAAUUUUGGGUUCCCUUCAAAUUCGUAACUGAAGCGGGAUGCACACAUACUAACAAUCAGGUCAAAUUUUAGCCUUUUCCUACCUUUGCGAUCAAAGUCAGCAAUGGCCUGAAUUUCGGAUGUCUCUGAAACAUUAUCCUGAACAAUUAUCUCGAGAUGGUGGUUGUGUUGAGUGUGUUGUGUUUUCCUCCAGAAUCCACUCCAAAAAUGGUUGUGACUGAGUCUUAAAUUUUAAAGGUCCCAUAUUUUGGCUAUUUAGACCUCCGCAGGGUGACACUGUAACAUGGGCUGAGUAUAAAAGUGUCAAUUUCAUUAAAAAAAACAAAAAAAAAAACACCUUGGUUUUGUCAUACUAGUCUCCAGAAAAGACCCCUCUGACAGCUACUUCUGUUUGACCCAGUUUUGUAUCCGUGUUGUUCAUAUUUGGCUUUCCUCUGAUUAUGUGCCUAUGUGUACAAAACCCAACCCUCACUAAUUGUGAUACCACUCGUUUAUGUUGACAGCGCUGGCCUGGGGGCAGAGAGGUAGCCGGAGAUAUUCAGUAGAGAUGUAGAUAAGCUCGAGAAAUUCGAAAGGAUUUCAGGCCUCUCAGCAGAAAAACGUCUCAGGAAAACUCAGGAAUGCAUGGAUGAUUUACAUUCAUAUUUCACGUUUGUUAAGGCACCAUAGAGCCAAAUACAAGAAAAAGUAUGUUUGGUAAAAUAUGGGCCCUUUAUAACAGUUCAAUAUUUACAAUUGCAAAUUUUUGUAUGUGGCUGUUGCUGGACAAACAGAUAAGCAGCUUGUUGUGUUGAGCAUGUUACUGUUAUUGGGGAACAAGUUGUAUGUCAUGAUCUAGAAAAACAAUGUCAUUCUGAAAAUCAACAGCAAGUGCUAUUAAAAAUAGUAUUUGAUAUUACUGAAAGCAUACAUAUACGGAUGGUGGGAACUUAUUCAAUGAAAAAUAUCUUUGAAGAUAUCAAUAAAUGAACAAAAUUGUGUGUGAUUAUGUGUCAGGGUAAUCAUGUAUGCAGUAAAUGGGACAGUUGGUGAAAAUUAUUUAAAAUGUAUUCUGUUCUGACAAUAGCCCUUAAUGACAUUUUAAAUGUCAAGAAAUAUGAUGGAUAAAUUAAUAAAAUGAAAUUUGGCAGAGAA